GCGAGUCUGGGAAUUCAUGUGGAGGUCAGCGUGAAAGCAGGUGUAAGUGGGUACAACAGGAAGAAUCAUGGCUGCCAAAGUGUUUGAGUCCAUCGGAAAGUUCGGCCUAACUUUAGCGGUUGCAGGAGGCGUGGUGAACUCUGCCUUAUAUAAUGUGGAUGCUGGUCACAGAGCUGUCAUCUUUGACCGAUUCCGUGGAGUACAGGACAUUGUGGUAGGGGAAGGGACUCACUUUCUCAUCCCUUGGGUACAGAAACCUAUUAUCUUUGACUGCCGCUCACGACCACGGAAUGUACCAGUCAUCACUGGUAGCAAAGAUCUGCAGAACGUCAACAUCACACUACGUAUCCUCUUCCGGCCGGUGGCCAGCCAGCUUCCUCGUAUCUACACCAGCAUCGGUGAGGACUAUGAUGAGCGGGUACUGCCAUCCAUCACCACAGAGAUCCUCAAGUCGGUGGUGGCUCGAUUUGAUGCCGGAGAAUUGAUCACCCAGCGAGAGCUGGUCUCCAGGCAGGUGAGUGACGACCUCACAGAGAGAGCAGCGACAUUUGGGCUCAUCCUGGAUGAUGUGUCUCUGACACAUCUGACCUUCGGGAAGGAGUUCACAGAAGCAGUGGAAGCCAAACAGGUGGCUCAGCAGGAAGCGGAGAGGGCCAGAUUUGUGGUGGAAAAGGCUGAGCAGCAGAAGAAGGCAGCCAUCAUCUCUGCUGAAGGUGACUCCAAGGCAGCUGAGCUGAUUGCCAACUCCCUGGCCACUGCAGGGGAUGGCCUGAUUGAGCUGCGUAAGCUGGAAGCUGCCGAGGACAUUGCUUACCAGCUCUCACGCUCUCGCAACAUCACCUACCUGCCAGCAGGGCAGUCGGUGCUCCUCCAGCUUCCCCAGUGAGGCCUCCCCACUUGCACCUUCUCAGGCUAACCAGACUGUGGCCUCAAUUAUUCUGAAUAUGCUUUCCUUCUACCCCACCCUAGAAAUCACUGUGAAAUUUCAUGAUUGGCUUAACAUGAAGGAAAUAAAAGCAAAAUCACUUCAGGUCUCUAAUUAUCAAAUGAA